CAUUUGCACACGUGGUUCUGCGUGGUUCACGCGGCUUGCUUGUGCCGGGCCUGGGCAGUCAAGUGCUCGUUUACCCCUCGUAGGCCGGACCUAGCGCUCCGGUCCUGAACCGUCGACAAGAUGGUGAAGCCCAAGUAUAAAGGACGGAGCACCAUCAACCCCUCCAGGGCCAGCACGAACCCCGAUCGAGUACAGGGAGCUGGAGGCCAAAACAUGAGAGACCGAGCCACAAUUCGGCGCCUGAAUAUGUACAGGCAAAAGGAGCGCAGGAACAGUCGUGGUAAAGUGAUUAAGCCUCUGCAAUAUCAAUCAACGGUGGCUUCUGGCACAGUGGCGAGAGUGGAGCCAAAUAUUAAAUGGUUUGGAAACACACGUGUGAUUAAGCAGUCAUCAUUACAAAAAUUUCAAGAGGAAAUGGAUACAGUUAUGAAGGAUCCUUACAAAGUUGUCAUGAAGCAAAGCAAGUUACCCAUGUCUCUCCUCCAUGAUCGAAUCCGGCCUCACAAUGCAAAGGUGCACAUUCUUGACACGGAAAGCUUUGAAACUACAUUUGGCCCCAAGUCACAGAGGAAGAGACCGAAUUUAUUUGUGAGUGAUGUGCAGUCUCUCGUAGAAAAUGCAGAAAUGUCCACUGAGAGCUAUGACCAGGGCAAGGACCGUGAUCUGGUGACUGAAGACACCGGCGUGAGAAAUGAAGCCCAGGAAGAGAUCUAUAAAAAGGGACAAUCCAAAAGAAUCUGGGGUGAGCUCUACAAGGUGAUAGAUUCAUCAGAUGUUGUAGUUCAAGUUCUUGAUGCUAGAGAUCCUAUGGGUACCCGUUCCCCUCACAUUGAGACUUACUUGAAAAAGGAAAAACCCUGGAAACACCUCAUUUUUGUUCUUAACAAAUGUGACCUUGUUCCAACCUGGGCAACAAAGCGAUGGGUUGCCAUCCUCUCCCAGGAUCACCCAACACUCGCCUUCCACGCCAGUCUCACUAACCCCUUUGGCAAAGGAGCGUUUAUUCAGCUGCUGCGGCAGUUUGGAAAGCUGCACACUGACAAGAAGCAGAUCAGCGUCGGGUUCAUUGGCUACCCAAAUGUCGGCAAGAGCUCUGUGAUAAACACAUUGCGCUCCAAGAAAGUUUGCAGUGUGGCCCCCAUUGCGGGGGAAACAAAGGUCUGGCAGUAUAUUACCUUGAUGCGGCGGGUAUUCCUCAUCGACUGCCCAGGGGUGGUGUAUCCCUCUGAGGACUCCGAGACAGACAUCGUGCUGAAAGGAGUUGUUCAAGUUGAAAAAAUUAAAACUCCUGAAGACCACAUUGGUGCUGUACUUGAACGAGCAAAGCCAGAAUAUAUCAGUAAGACAUACAAGAUUGAUUCUUGGGAGAAUGCUGAGGACUUUCUUGAGAAGCUAGCUUUCCGGACUGGGAAGCUAUUAAAGGGUGGAGAGCCUGACUUGCAGACUGUGGGUAAAAUGGUUCUCAAUGACUGGCAGAGAGGGCGCAUUCCUUUCUUUGUCAAGCCACCCAAUGCAGAACCUCCAGCUGCCCCCCAGCUUUCAUCUUCAUCUUUGGAAGCGGCCCCAGAAACAACUCAGAACAAUCCAGAAGCAGAAAUCAUGGAACCUGUAGGUGAAGAGGAAGAAUCUGCCACUGAGAAGGAAAAAGAAGAGAACAGUCACUGUGAUGCGGACUCGGAAAUGCAGCAGAUUCUUGCACGAGUUCGGCAGAACUUUGGCAAAAUCAACGUUGUGCCUCAGUUUUCUGGGGAUGACCUGGUUCCUCUAGAGGUGUCAGAUAUUGAUGAAGAGCUUGAGAGCUUUUCUGCAGAGGAGGAGGAACAGGAGUGUCCAGGAGAUGAGGAGGAGGAGUCAGCCCCAGAGUCUCAGGAAGAAGCCCAGGGAAGCGACACCAAGGCAGUCAUUCAAGCCCUGGAUGAAAAGAUUGCUAAAUACCAGAAGUUUUUAAACAAAGCCAAAGCUAAAAAGUUUUCAGCAGUCAGAAUAUCCAAGGGACUAAGUGAAAAGAUUUUUGCAAAAUCAGAAGAACCAAGAAGAACCACUGAAGAAGAUGGAGAAGAUUCAGUGCCUACCAGAAAGGGAAAGAAGAGGAAGGCACCGAGGGAAGAGGAACAUUCAAAUAAGACUCGCGGGAAACUGACAUCGAAGGAACGGAGGCGAGCCGCACGCCAGCAGCAAUCCAAAAAAGUUGGUGUGCGCUACUAUGAGACACAUAAUGUGAAAAACAGGAACAGGAACAAAAAGAAGACCAAUGACUCAGAGGGACAGAAACACAAACACAAAAAAUUCAAACAUAAGCAGUAACAUUUAAAAUGUUGUUUAUUAAAUUAUAUAAAAAUAUGCAA